GAAACGGGGAUGCCUUUGGCGAGAAAUAUGAAAUACAACUGAAAAAGUUUAUGGGACUAUUGGAUAGAAAAACAAAACCAAUUUAUGCUCCAAGUGUGCGAUAUCUUAAAAUUACACACUACUAUGAACUCUCAAAUAAAGUAAUUGAAAAAGUCAUCGUAAUAUUUCCAAAUAUAACUCAUCUUGAUUUUAAACGGACUUGCGGAUUCGAUGAUAUAGCAUUAAUCAAAAUUUCUCGGGCAUAUCCUAAUUUAAUUCAUCUUAAUGUUUUUAACAACGGAGGGUUAACUGAUCAUUCUAUUACCGAACUCGCAAGUAGAUGUCCUAAAUUACAGUAUUUGGAAAUUAGUUGGGGCGGAAAUAUUACCGACAAGUCUAUCUAUGAAAUUGCGAGAUCGUGCUACUGCUUAAGGCACCUGGGAAUAAACGGAGGUAAAAGUUGUAUUUCUAAUAAAUCUAUACGCGAAAUUACACGAUUCAUUCCCAAUAUCCAAUCUUUAAAUUUUAAUUACUGCAAGAAGCUUACCGAUACCACAAUCCAUGCUCUUGUAGGUUCGUACCCGGAUCUAAGAAAAUUAGAUCUUAGUGAUUGUAAUAAAGUAACUGAUAUAGGCAUCAGACAAAUCGCACAAUGUCGUAAUCUGGAACACCUCGCACUUAAUUCUCUUGAAUUUCUUAGUGAUGAAACGAUAUGUAUUAUUGUGCAAUCAUGUCCAAACAUUUCUUAUCUCAAUCUUGAAUUUUGUUAUGUUACAGAUACGGCGGUAGAAGCAAUAGCACAAUCUUGUCCCAGUAUGGAAUAUCUCAAUAUUUAUGGGUCAGAAUAUAUUACUGAUUCAUCUAUUUCCAAAAUAGCCAAGAAAUGUUAUAAGAUUCGAGAACUUGAACUGGGAUAUUGUGGGCUUAUUACUGAUACAGCCAUUAAAGAUAUCGCUCAGCAUUUAUCCAAUCUAAAAUAUCUCGGGUUAAAAUAUUGUGUAAAUAUCAGCAAAGAGGCAUUAGACAUGUUAGACACGUUAGACCCUGAUCUUGAAAUAGGUGGGUAUUAUACAAUCCCAUCCGCUUUAUAA